GAUUUAUUAAAAUCCCCUAACCAUUAAAAAUCCCGUUUUGGCCACUGCAUUGCGGCGCACAAACAAAAUUGUGCUCAGGCAUCAUUGAGGGCAGCUAAGUUUCCGGAAGAGCAACUGGUGCGAGUUUAAUGGACAAGGAAGAGAUAUUUGUUUAGGUUUAGUCACGAAAACAUUCAUUCUUUUGUUUCUUCAAAGUAUCUGGCUCUUUUUUAAAACCCGAUAGCAUGCCUUUGUUUGCCCAAAAUCCGUUUGACCAAGAUGUCGGUGAGUGAAAUUGUUUUUUAUUGGUGUUUUUAGUGUGUCAACGAGCUAACGUUGAAGCUAACGUUAGCUUAGCAUGACUUCUACAGUUAAGUCUCUGUUGCCAGUUUGGAGAACAACAUAUUUAAGUUUCUGUCACUUUUGAAGAGCGUCUCUAACAUGUUAUACGGUUUUUUUCAACUUCACUUCAGUUAAUAUUUUGGUUUAUUUGAAAAGCGACUGUUGGAUAAACUAACUUUUAUCUGAUUCAUCCAAACCGUGACCGUCAGUUACGGGAUCACAUGAUUCUAAAUCAGGUCACCAUGGUUACAGCUGCUCGGUUUAACCGUUUUAAAUGGUGGUUAUAAUUUAUAAAAGGAAUAACUAUUUUAAGAUUCACAUAAAAAAAAACAUAUAUUACACAUAUAAUCACAAGUACACACUGAUCAACCAUGACCAACCUGAGUUUCUUGUUAUAAUGGCACCUGCCUUUAGACUGAUCAAUUGAACUGGUGUUUUAUUUUACUGAUUGCUGAUAAAAUUGAUUUACUAAAGAGGGCACCACUUCAUGUUUGUCUGGGCCUGUUUUAAAAUCCGAUCACAACAAUGUCUCAUAAGUAAAACUCAAGCCUUUUCUACCUGUGGUACCUUUGGUAGUACCUGUGCCACAUCACAACAAAAAACCCUCAAGAAUUUCGUGGAUAUGAUGCUGACAGUUUCUGUUUUUAAAGAAUGUCUUUUGUUGAAAUCUUUGAUAUUGUAAAUAUUGCAAAAAACAUGUGUGUGACCCAUGGUCACGGCCCACUGAUGAGUAUAGAGAUUGAAGGCUGGCUCAUAUGGUCCAAUCCAGUUGAAGAGCUAUUGUAGGUGAAGCUACUGAAAAGGUUGAUGCUGGUUUGGGUUAAAGGUGUCAGAAUUCAUUGCACGUCACAGUAUGUUUUGUAUGUGACUGCAAAACAGCAGAAUACUCAGGGUGCCCAUUCUGACCACUUUUAAAGCACCCUACAGCAUGUGAACACCAGAACUUGACCAAGGAAAGGGUUGACUUGGUCUCCAAAUUCACCAGAUCAAACAAGCAUCUGUGGGAGGUGCUGGACAACCAAGUUUGAUCCUCACAACUGGGACCCUGGACUUCAAGGAUCUACUGCAAACGUCUUGCUCCCUUAUACAGGGCACACCUUCAGAAAUCUAGUGGAGUUAGUGCCAUGGCAUGUCUGGGCUGUUUUGGCCCUGACCUGAUAAGAUAAGAGAUGGCACAAUAUUAGACAGGUGGUCAGAAUACAAAGGCUGAUCAGUGUCAAAUUAAAAUGCUCCAUUUUGAAACCAAAAUCACACAUCAUUCAUUCAUACCCAAAGCUACACACAUAUAAGGCUUAUGUGUCAAAAUAAGCAGAGACAAAACUGAAUGUCACUCUACAUUCAGACAAGUUCCUCUCAGGUAAAGCCUGCAUUCUCGGCUUCUGCGAUGUUGAUGUUUAUAUUUGACUUCCAGAUGAAAAAAGUCUGUUCACAUGCCUCAAGCAACGAAGGUUUGUCAUGAUAGAUCAUUACAGCCUGAAAGUUCCUGAAAGAUGGAACAUCCUUUCUCUUCCAACAGAGUGCAAAAGCUCUUCUGACUUUAAGAAAGCUAAAAGUUUAGUCUCUGAAGUCCCACACCUAUAUUCAAGCAUUUAGAGUCUGACAAUAACAGGGAUUUUGGUGUGAAACGACUCUGUUUAAUUGAUGUUAAACUCUGAAAACAUUGUAAUAACUAUAUUCUAUAAAAUGGGAAAUUAAGGAGUGUUCCAUAAACUGUGAAAAAGAGGACUUUUGAUGUUGUUCAUUCCACCUAAACAACGUUUUUUUGUUCUUCUUCCAGUUCUUUUAAAACUCAAUGAAUAUUCUAAGGUUUUAAACUGCUGCUCAAAUAAUAAUUGCCGAUUUAAAUGCCACUUCAAAAUUUAAUUGGGAAAUGUAUCAGCAGAUAAAUGAAAAACAAGCAAAUUCACAGGGUCAAGUUCAUUCUUCAGGACUAAUUAAGGAUUUUGGCUGCUUUUAGAUGUUUAUUCAUAACAGCCAAGCUUCUUAAUUUGUGUUAAAAAAUUCCCCCAUAGUUGAAUUAUUCAAAAUUCCUGCAAAUUUCCAGGUCAGUGUACUUAUCUUUCCCCGCAACACAGGGAAGCAGACAAUAGUGCAGUGUUGAGCUGAAACUGAAAAUAGUCAGGAUGAUGGUCAUGACUGGUUUUGGUAUUUGUAGAAAAUGUGUAAUUAUAUGAAAAUGUGCCGCUCACAUCACAAUGCAACAGUGGGUCAAAACCCCUGACAAAGAACAUUUUCACUCUUCUGUAAAAGAUUAAUACACACUACAUUUUAUGACUCAACAAAGCUCGCACUUUUAAAGAAGAGGUGUAGACUUGCUUUGUUAAACAGCAGCUCUCGUGUCUUGAUUGAGCGUGGCUAUUGUUCAGGCUGUCUCCAACUAAUGUGAUCACAAGUGAAAAAUACUGAAUCAAACAUAUUAAAUAUGGAAGCAAUCACACCAUGUUUGAGAAGAGCAGCUGUGAUGCCAAUGAAGGUAAUUCUCACUGGGCCUGAUGCACUCCCUGUAUCCCCGUUUGUUAUAUUUCCAGAAAAAGCAACCAAUGAAAACAAUACAACAGAUGACUGGGGACUCAUUAUGGAUAUCUGUGAUAAGAUUGGAACGACACCCAACGGGUAAGCUAAAAAAAAAUCACAUUUCACUGGAAAUGGAUGCUCAUAAGUGUGAAGUACAUUGGUAUGAGACUUCAAGGUUAAAAUAGUCAGCACCUCUGUUGUAAAGUGUUUUUUCUUGAAUGAUUCAUUGUGCAAGAAAUGAUCUGUUCACUUUUGUUUCAGACCAAAGGAUGGCUUGAGAUCAAUUAUGAAGAGAGUGAACCACAAAGUGCCUCAUGUUGCCAUGCAGGCCCUCAAUGUGAGUCUGAUACUUCACCUACAGUAUAACACACUCAUACCAGUGUUAGAGCCUGCAUCAGCAAAGACAAUGUUUGUUUUCUGUCCCUCCAAUUUGACAUCAAAAUCAGUUGACAUAAAGGGGAGAGAUGCCAAGAGGGGCCAAAAUGAUAUUAGGUUGUUUAAACUUAAAUAACCAUCCUAUCACGCCCUCUCCUUACAAGUUUCAUCUCCAAUCACAUGACUACUCAUGUCCCCUACAGCCUGAAAUAGAUUGGACAUAUGGGCAGCAAGAACCUGCAUAUGUCUGGGAUUAUUAAGGCUGCUCUUUCUCUCAUUUAGGUUUUGUUAAAUGAGGCCAACGACACCCCAGAGAGUUGUAACAGUUAGCUCUUGUGUCCUUGAACCACCCUCCUCUAUGCCAGCUACCUCUGCCCAUCAUAUUCAUGAGCAGAUCUGCUUUACAUUACACAAGCCAUACAACAUUGCCAUAUUCAGCAUGCCGAAGGAAGUGACAACUCUGACACUGUCUGCUGUGUAAGAGGCUAAUUCAAAGAUGGGAAAAAGAAAAGAAAGCUAACUGACUACAUUUGAGGUGUGGUAAACACUUAUGACCAACAUAGGCGUGAGAAACAAAUGUGAUCUAAUUCACUGACGGUUGCAGUUGCACUGUAAACCACCUAAUACUCCCAUUGUCGGAGCCAUAAAGUCAAAUGAAAGACCUCUCACCAGGAGGAUUUAACUCGGUUGUGUAAUGUGAGAGCUGAUUCUGUCUCAGUCUGAGUCAUCCUGAACAAAUACUGUCACAUGGCCUGCUCUAUAUUUAGAUCUCAGCGGAAGCAUACAGAAAAUUAAUAGAAGCUCAUUUUCUUUAUAACUGUGUCUCCAAAAGUUUAACCAUCUGUUUUUUAACCUCCUGCUUUUUAAAGUCAAUUUUACCUUCCCCACAUCUUCUCUUACAGCUGCUGGGUGCUUGUGUGUCAAACUGCGGGAAGAUAUUCCACCUAGAAAUCUGCUCAAGGGAGUUUUCAAGUGAAGUGCGGAGUGUGCUGAGCAGGGUAUGUAAACUUCUCUUUGUUUAGUUUGUGAACUUGCCCGUUUGUUUGCUUUGAAUAACCAUAAAAUGUCUGUCACCUCUUGGUUCACUCCUGACUUCGUAUUUCUCACCACAUUUACACACACCUGUCAACUCAUCCUCUCCACUGUGUUACUGACCCUGUUAUCAGGCAGCCAUUAGAGUCCACUUACUGGCGUCACUGAUGUUUGUUCGCAUGUUUCUUUGAAGGCCCACUCAAGGGUGUGUGAAAAGCUAAAAGCUCUGAUGGUGGAGUGGGCAGAAGAGUUCCAGAAAGAUCCACAGCUCAGCCUGAUUGGUGCCACCAUAAAGUCUCUGAAGGAGGAGGGUAUCAACUUCCCUGCCCCAUCCUCACAGGUAUGAUAACAGAACACAGAACAUGGAUACGAUAAAGUGAGAGUCAAAAGACUGGUCUGCUGUCACUCAAUCUUUACAACCAUUACUGAUGUGUUUUCCUCGUCUUUUUAUAUUCAAUCAAGGACAUUCAAAACAUCACAGCCUUCCUCACAAAAAGUAAGGCUUCAAAGUGGAAAUAUACCAAACAGAGUGUUAAAAAUGUAACCCACUAGCUAUACCAGAGAAAGGUCAAAGUCAGAAAGAAUAAAUGAUUAACAACAAAAGAUGGGAAAAUAUCGGACCAGCCAUGCAAGGCUUUCACACCAAACACCUCCCCAUUACUAAGCCAAAACCAGAAACCAACUUAAAACACUUAAAAAACAAAAACAAACGAGGCUUCAGGCCCCAACUGAAAGAGUAAAAAGGUGUAAAAUCACUUAAAAAAGCUACAAUUUCACACUGAUGUCUAUGGACAGCAAUCUCCUCCAAAGUUUAUACUUGCCAGACACUUUCUGUUUUCAGAAAAGGAAAUUUGGUCCCUGCUUAAGGGCCAUUAUAGCCAAAUUUAAAAGCAUAAUUUCAACUUCAUGUUUUGACUUUAUUUCACAGAUGAUAGGUGUUGUUCCUCUCCAGUUUGUUUUGCUGCCUUUCUCUCUCUUAGAUAUAGUUUUAAACCACAGGAACAAAAAAAGUCCAUGUGUGGAUACUUUUGGUCUAGCCUGUGGCCGUUUUAACAGCUUUGGUUUUCCUGCCGACCACGAUGUAGCCUUUGUGAAAGUUCAGGCUGGGCGGUGUUGUCUGCCUGUGUGUUUAUAUGGCUCGAGCUUACAGUGGAAUUUCCUCUUCACAUAUUUCCCAUAAUGCUCUGGCUAUGUAUGCAUGUGUGCGAGGGUCCAGACUGUGUUUUUUUUUAAUCAUUGUUGGAUGGGACUGUUUCUCAUUUCUUCUUUGUGUAGCGUCUGUGUUGUUGGUUAUAUAAGAGCAUUAUGUGUGUCAAGAGUUGAGGAGGACUUUGCUCUCAGAGUGUCAUAAAGCGGCUGACCUACAUCUGUACUAUCUGAGGUCAGACUGUCUCUGUAGCUGACAGUGUUGAUUCAGGGUUUAGCUUUUUACACGUAGAACAGUCUGUGUUUUUCACUCCACUUUUGCUUAACUUUAUAUGAAGAUGAAUAUUUAGGAAUUGACCAAUAUAAAUGUGGUGUGGUUUUAUGUAUGAUCAACAAUCAAGAAUUGUCCUCAUAUGAGUGCAUAAGAGGCGAAAUGGUGAAGGUCAGAUUAAGUAAGUUAAGGGCUUUGAAAGGUUCUUUAUUUACGUGAUUACUGUCCGUGAUUCACCUUCAGAAUAAAAGUCUUAUGUGUAAAAGAGGGCAGUCACUCUUAAGAUGAUCAGAUGAGACUUUUACUUUGAAAAUUAUUCAGUGUAAUCGUAUUUUAUGUUCCGUGCCAACGACACCUGUCUUCCCAAAUUCUGUUUAUAUUAUUUAUAUAUAUAUAUAUAUUAUUUCAAAAAGCCGUGUGCAGCUCACAGUAAAAAUUAGCAUUCUAUGCGUCUAGAUUUUUGACAGCAGUCUAAAAGCUCUAAUAUAAUUGAACUCUCAAAUAUCAGCAAGUUUUUGAACAUUUCAUUCUACUGAAGCCCUGAAGAUCGUUCAAGUAACGUACCAUACCAUGAAUUCCGAGUUUUUUAGCAAUGUGUAGAUGCUCACAUUUCCAUUGUGCAGCCCUACCAGGCAUAUCUGUAAAACAAACGCAACACAGGUCUAAAGUUUAGUAAUACACUAAUAAGAAAGCACACUUCCCACUCAAGCCCCAGCAGCAAAGUCAAUAGCUAACAUUUUUUAAUCAAAAUGUUUGCAAACACGCAACAUACUGUACAGCAAAGAGUUCAGAUCAGAUAGUUCUUCAGCUCAGAUAAAAACUUUUAAAGGUUUUAAAGUUGGAUCCAUAGACAAACAUCACUGUGGCUUUCGUAGGAAUGAUCUGAAGUUUGAAGUCGACUUUAAUUUCCUGUCUCCUCUUCACUUUCCUGCCACUGGCUGCGCUCCAUGUAGCUUCAGUGAUGUGCUGCGCAUUCAGCUAUGCUAAUGGAGAGCAGGUGGCAUAUGAGGCAGCAGGUAUGACAUUUAAUCUCUAUCAGCUGACGAGCAAACAGCAGCAGCAGGUCGAGCGACUCAAGCUGUGGCGAGCCUUCCUCGUAUUUAUCGCUGGCUAUCAUUCAUGCUGAACUUAAAUGUCCUCUGUUGGGAGCAUGCAGGUACCUUUCCCCCAGCUUGUGUUAAACAAACAAAUGCUCCAGUCCCAGUCGUGUAUCACUCUUGUUUAAGUCUAUUGAAACAAAAUUGCAGCAUCAUAGAAGUAGUUGUUUUAAUCUUGAAUAGAGCAAAUAUGUUUUGAAUUUGAAGGAUUUAGAACAGUACCAAAGUACAAUUAUCAGUUACUGUUGAAAUCUGAUAUUGAUUCACGUGCACGUCCUCCCUCAUUCCAGAAACCUUUGUCAUUCUUAAGGCAUGUGAAAGUGUAUUAUGUGCACUUCUCAUUGCCGGUAUAUUGCUGGCAUUUUUAUUACCCUCUGUGUUUUGGCUUGAUGUGUUUAUGCUUAGAUUUCUUGAUGACUUAUUGCUUUUGUCAUAAAGUGACUUUUUAGUGACAGUUUACUUGAUUAUUUACAUGUAAAGAUAUAAUCAGCAACAUCAACCCUGGCGGAUAAAAUAAUAUCAUAAACCCUCAAAUUUAAACCAGGGUCUUUAUUUGCUUUUACGGCAGAAGAUGCCACCUGUGUAUGUGACGCAGGCAUGUAUCAGAGCCUAAAAAAGUAUUAUUGUUCAUUAUUUAGUACAAAGUGAGAGUCUGGUUCACCCACUAAACUUUGCCUGGUUCAUAAAGCGAGUGCAAACUGGAUUGUCAAGCAGAUGGAGCCUCUGAGCACCAGCGUUAUUUGCAUACAUUUAAAUGAGCCAUGAUACGUUCAUAUAGAGCAAAAUAUGCCCCUUUCUAAACAAAUGAGCCUCAUUGCGAAAAAAGACCACAAACACAAACACUGGUGCUUUCAGCCAAGCACAGAGUGGGAUCUAUACCAACUGCACUGGAGUCUGUAGAAGUGUGUAUAAGCUCAAACUUUUCAAUGAUCAACAGUUGUUCAGGCUGUUCCAUUAUGCACAAUGCAGUAUUUAUUAUAUUUUCAAGCAGGCUGUUUUUUUGCCAGAAAGUAAGCAGAAUAUAAACUGUGAAAUGUGUCACAUCUGUUCUGAAUAAACUAAUAAGGACCUCUCAGUCGACCCAGCUCAUCGUAUACCUGGAUAUAAUUUCACCAUGUCAGGAUUAGAGCGCAGUACACAGCUCUGUACAGCAGAGAGUGGAGAUGCUGACAGCUCAUCUAACUCACAGUAAAACACAAAACUGGUUCAAACUUCACAGAGAUGGUCUGUGAUGUGGUUUACUCCAAAUCUGAUGCUGUAAUAUUUUGUAUCAAGUAUGAGUCAGUUUCCUUUAAGUGGAGAAUAGACUGGAGCAGCUGAUAUAACAGUCUUUGUUUCACCUACUGCUCUGAUAUUGAGUAUUUGUCUGUUAAGUUGAGUUAGUGUGUUGUUAGGCCCCUGCACAAACCUCCACUUGACCCAUUUAUUCCACUCUGACCUGAUUAACCUGGAAAACAGCUGCCUUUGGUCACCUCAGACAGAAGUUAAUGAGACAACUGUGUGGAGGGGUAUAGUAGCAUGGCAACAGCCGUGUUCUCAUCAUGUAGUACUAAAGAUGAACAGCAGAUGGCAUGACAGUCUCUGAAAAUCUGUUUUAUUCACUUGUGUCAUGUGAAGUACUCCUUUUUGUUUGAACACACACACACACACACACACACACACACACACACACACACACACACACACACACACACACACACACACACACAUGUGUGACCUUUCCUCUCUUUAUUGACCACAGGGGUCUACCACAAAGGUCAGCGCACCAGCUGCGAGCAAAACAGCAGAUGAUGACAACCUGGCUAAAGGUAAAAUGAGAUGACAUCACUCAACUGCACACACUUACACCAUCAAUUACACGGUUUUCACAUUUAAUCCAUUAUUUUUAGGAUGAUUUCCAAUACAAAUAUUUUAUUUUUCACCUAAGCGUCAGGUUCAACCACUAAUUGAAGAAUAUGCUCUACUACUUUUAGUCCUUAGAAAAGAAAUAAUAGGUGAAAUUGAUGAUUAACUGUAUCUUUUACUUUUUUAAUCAUACAACCAAGCAGUCUUCUGGAAGCUGAAUGUGCUCUAAAAAUGUGUUUCUGAGAUAUUUUUUUUUCUUCUUUCGAUCCGAACCUCCACUCCUCACAGCCAUCGAGCUGUCACUGCAGGAGCAGAAGCAGCAGGCAGAGACACGGCCCUUAACCGUGACCUCCGAUCCCCCAAACUACACCAACGGUAGCGGGGGACAGGAAGCCCGGAAGGUGCGAGCGCUGUACGACUUUGAAGCAGCUGAAGAUAAUGAACUGACCUUCAAAACUGGAGAACUUAUUCUGGUGCUGGAUGACAGGUGAUCUUUCCUAACACUUCAAAUCAUGAUUCAUUCUGAAAGCUGGGCGCUCACACACUAAUUUUAGAUCUACUGAGGUCAUAGCAUCUCAUACAUGACACAAUUACAUGGAGUUUGAAAACAUACAACCCCUAUUUUACAAAAGUUGAGAUGCUGUGUGAAAUGUUGAUUAAAACAGAAUCUAAUGGUUUGAAAACACAACAAAUCACUUGUUAGAACUGAAAAAUGUUACAGUUUCCUGAAAAAAAUGAGGUAAAGUGGAAAACUGUCCAAUUAACCAUCAUUAAUGUAUAUGGAGAGAUUUUUGAGCACCAUGUUGCCAUCUAGACAGCCCUGUUUCUGGGUCUACCUUGGAUAAAACUGCAAGAAGAUUACAAACCAUAUUUUGCUCAUAUAACAACAGCAUAGUAGAAGAGUCCGUGCUAAACUGGCCUGCAAGCCAUCAUGACUUGCCACCCAUUGAAAUCCUAAAUCAUGCAAGAAUGGGACAAUAUUCCACAUUUAUAGUGGUCUCCUUGGUGUUUUCCAUGUAACAAUAACAUUUUUCAGAUGUAUUUGCACUAUUUUCAAUUAUAUAUAGUGUCUGAUUAAUUAGCAAAAAUCAAAUUCUCUUUCCAUCAACAGUUAACUCAUCGUCCAGAAUCUAAUAGAGUUGUAAUAAUCAUAAACAGAUUUUUUGAUACAGGGUUUACACACACACACACACACACACAUCUCUGUGCUUGUUCAGAUUAUCCCAGUGAUUGCUCAUGCAUAUUAAGAGACGCAGUUCAUCAAAGCUUGUGCAUAGUGAAUACAAAGAAUAUUGUGUCAAUAUGGUGAUGUAACUUUCCAAAAAUAUGCUUUAUUCUGAUUCUCACUCUUAGAUCACCAAAUCUCAAAAAUCCACUCAGCUGCCUCAUACAAAGUUUAAGCUUUUGUUUGUUUGUAAGAAACACAUCGGAUUUACAGUCCAAGUUUAGUUCAAAUACUGGAGAAUCAUCUACAUCCAAGCUCUAAAUAAAGUAAGAUAAACAUUUGAAGACUUUAAUUCCUAAAAAAAGACUCCAUAUGACUCAUUCUGCAGCUGACUUAUAGAGACACCAUAAGGAGAGAUUCAUUUUUAUUUAAUCCAGCCUUUUGAUGUUGCGAGGGCUCUGACUGCUCUGAAAUACAGUCAGAUGCUCUCUCAGUAUGGCUCACUCUCUGAAGCUCGUGUAUAAAUGUUCAUGUUUAUUCUCCUUUUGUGAUUUCUAUUUACAGCGAUCCAAACUGGUGGAAAGGAGAGAACCACAGAGGGGUGGGCCUUUUCCCCUCCAACUUUGUCACCACCAAUCUGAACGCUGAGCCGGAGCCAGGUUAGUCUGCUGUUGUUUUUCAGGGAUACAUUUUGUUAGUUUUAGAAAGGAUACCAACCUGAGGGAUCUAACCUUCAACUCAAACUAGGAAAAGGUGAUUCUAUGAGUGCUAAUUGGUUCUUUUUCUCUGCAGUGGCUUAUGUUGAAAAGACGAGCAGUUCUGAAGAGUCAAGCCUGGAAACUAAAGUUGAACCCGAGCCAGUCUUCAUCGAUGAGGUAUAACACUUCCUCACUGCAUAUGCAUUCAAAAGCUAAAUAACUUUUUAAUCAAACUUAACAACUUCUGUAAUGUUCCUUCUUUCUGCAGGGGAAGAUGGACAGAACGUUGACACUGCUGCAGAAUGCAGAUCCCGCAGAUCCUGCCCCUGACUCCCCAGAGCUGGUCCAGCUGGAGGGUAAAAACCUUAAUGCUGGUUUAAGUCUGGUCUUUCUGACAGUCAUAACUGCAGAAGCAGCAACACUCUUCUCUUCUGACUCUGUUUCUGUUUCCUCCCUCUCUAAAAAUCUGAACAGGUGCCUGUGGACAGAUGAACCCGAUGAUUGAUGACAAGCUACAGGAGAUUGACAGGUACUGUAUCAGAGAUGUCGACUCAACACAGACUUAUCAUUACUCAUCACUGAGAGGCUUAGUUUAAGCACGUGAGAUUGAUCGUACAUCCAUUUGGUCUAUUUUGAGAAUGAAGUUAGCUUCUCUGGUCCUGUUGGAAAAAUAAAAAGUACUCUUGUGACUCUUUGUUUCAGGAAACACUCAGAGUUGUCUGAGCUCAAUCUCAAGGUUAUGGAGGCUCUGGAGCUUUACACCAAACUCACGAACGAGGGUGCUUUCUACUCGGCCUACUCCAAGAUACAGACGCAGUACAACCCAGCCGGUUCAGCUGCAGCCAUGCAGGUCAGAAAAGAACAGCCUCGUAGCAAGGAUUUAAUCUUGUGUUUAGCCUUACUUACUAUCUUUAACUUUUUGUUGAUGUAGGAGAGAAAAACGACACAUCUGUCUAAAAUCAAUCCACCAAUCAGUUUAUUAAUCACAAAGCAGCUUUGCACGACCAGGUGAAAGAACACAAGGCAAGACAUUUUAGGACAGGAUUCCCUGAGGAGAGCUCAUCUAUUAAUACUUUGUUCAGGGGUUGGUUUCUCAAUGAAAAAAGACAAUGAUUGGUGUUGUAAUGUAAGGCUAAAUUAAAUCAAUAAUUCUAACCAGAGCGGUUGAAUUGCAGGCCUCGUGUCUGAUUCAGACUUGUCACUCCCCACUCUUCUCUUAGUUUCCUACUCCCUUCUCUCUGACUGAAGGCCCAAAAUAAAGUAAAACAAAAGAAUCAAUAUAAUGAACAGAUGAUUGAAGCCAUGGUUCUGAAACCUUUUCACCUAUAUCACUUCAUAUCUGCCCAUUUUGUGGUAUGUUGCCAAAAGAUUGCCUCCCCGGGCGCUGGCAUGCACAGAGGCAAACUUGCUGGUGAGGCCACAGGAUUUACACGAGCGCUAACUGGUUCCAUUAUUGAACAUUAAAGAUCCUUCGGGGGGGUCAAAUCCACAGAUAUUUUUAAAUGGACAAACAUUUAGAAAAGUGUUGUGAAAUGACAAAUCUCUCUCUUAAAUUAAUCUGUCUAAUUCAUAUUUAAAGAAAAACAUCAGAUCAGUCCUUAAGGACUCUUGUUGGUGUAUAAUAGUCUCUUUUCUGACAUGAGAUGUUGGCAGAGUCAAUAAAAGCAGCGCCAAGUCAUCCAUAAUUUAAAGGUAUUUUCAGUUCACUGUUCAUAAAUACUGAAGACUGGAGAGUUUCCGUGUUAAUGAGGUGGUGUGUGUCGACAAACUGUGAGUUAACUACCUCAGUGCCCACCUAUGGUUAGGGGAAUCCAUGACUGCUCUGUUAUUGAUGUCAUUGAUCCAGUGGAUACACGGGGUGCUGUUUGUAUUUCGUGGCGAGCUUAUGUAGAGGAGCAGCCACACUGUUGCAACACCUCGCUGCUGGUGUCACAUUGUAUCCCUCAGAUCCUUAACUUGUGUGUCAUAUUUGGCCAGAAAAAAACAGUUGAUUUAGCUUCUUUUUGUACUCGUCCAGAAAGCUUGACAUUCAGUCAGCCUUUUUUGCCUCCCUGGAGAUUCGGAGGCUGCAUCCUUUUCUUGGCAGAGGCUGUUUUCUCUGUAAUGAUUGAUGUCACUGUCUCUCCCCUGAGACGCAGAAAAAUGUCCACUUUACUGGGCAGGCCCACACUAGAGUGCUGCUCCAUUUAUCUGAUAAUACUUUUUUUUUUUUUGUUCUGCAGAGGACUAUUAAACCCUGCCAGGUUAUUUUUGCACCUGCAACAACAUGGAUGAGAUCCAAAAUAAGCACUUAAAAUUAGAAGAGUAAGAGCUUGAUACUGCUGAUCCUGAAACUACCAGUCAUAUUUUAUGUAACCUUUCCUAACAGCCAGCGUGUAUCUGAAAAAAAAAGUGUGAAUUAUAAUGCAGCAACACUACCUGACUAACUGGAACAGUCUGCACUUUAUUCAAUCUAUCAUGGACUGGCUGUUUUGUAUCUCACUCUACUCCCACUCACAAGACAUUUUCUAAAGGCCAGCCAUUCAGUGAUAGACUUCUCUCUUAACAGUGUUGCAAAGCUCAACGGGGGACAGAAACAGAUGAUAUUGACUUUCUGCAGAAAUUAAAAAUAAAAUGUUUCUAGAUUUAGCAGCAUCAGAUGAAAAGUGACAAACUGUUCCUGCCAUAGGCUGUAUAAAACUUGUAUGUAGUCAAUGUGCAGUCUCUCAUUGGUUUCUCAUGUUGGUGGUCCUAACAUGAGGCGAAGAAGUACAGUGGAGGCUGGCCAUCAGCUGACUCGCCAACAAAUAGUGUGUCAUGUUUAUUUUUGCUGUAAAGAUGGGCUUUAUCGAAUGGGUAUGUAUGUGAUUUCCAGGGAUUUUAGGGCCAGUCUCAAGUGGAUGCUUUUGUCCUUUUUUCCCAUGUAUUCCACUCACAGAGGGACAAAUCUGAUUUUCACCAACAUUGGAAAUAUCGGGACAUUCAGGUUCUGAUAUUUACUUACCUCACCACAGGAUAUUUCUUGUGUCAAAUGCGUUUUCACACUCAAAAUACUCCAUUUAAAUAAGGUAGGGUUCGAGUGUGCAGGAAUAAGAGCUGUUUUUAUAAUGCUACACCUGUAUAAGAAUGAUUUCACAACACAAAGGCAACAGUUGAAAUCUAAUGCUGACAACUGAGGUGAAUGUUUAAAAUUUAUAAAAAGAGAAAUUCCACCAAAGGGGAUUGAAAUCAUCUUUCCGUCCUGCAAUGCUUCACCGUUUUUUGAGCACUUUACAGAUAGUUAAAACACACUCUGUUUACUUCCUUUUUGAGAUGUACCAGGUCACAAUGACAACGUUUCAUCCUUGUGAUGGAUUUUAUUGGUGUCUAAGUCAAACGUCUUCUCUCCCUCCUCUUCUCAGGGCUACCUUGGCCCGGCAGGUGCUCCCUACAUGCCUCCAGGGAUGCCCCAGGGUCCUCCUGCACAGCCCUACAAUCUGCCCAGUGACCAGCCUGGACCUCUGCAGUCACUGCCCCCCAAUGUCUCAGCCCCACCCAACACUCAGCCCGCUCAGCCUCCCUACAUGAGGUAAAACAACAGCCCUGCCGCUCUAAUCAGAAGCUGUGAGGCUGCACAGACUCUGAGGAGUGGAAACCUCAAGAGUCUGAUCAUGUGACGCCUCUUCACCUCAGAAAACUGGCGUAAACAAGCUCUCGACGCCAGUGUUACAGACUAGGGGCUUUAAGAUUCUUUUAAAUUACUUUUUUUGUGGUAAAAGAUACAAUUUAUCAUCAUGAGACUAAAAGAUCAAACAUUAAUAGAGAGUUUAAUCGUCUUGUUUACUAUAUCUAUCACACAGGACAUCUAGAAACGUCUUCAAAGAUGUACUUUGCAUGAGAGAAACAGAUUUUUCAACAUCAGUUUUCACUUUUCCUCAUUUUAUUUAAGUGUCACAUCUGUAUUUUUCUCCCCAGCACUGGCAUGAACACUCAGUACAUGAACCAAGCAGCUGGAGCUCCCUACCCUCCCCAAGCGGGCGUAGCCAUGGACAUGUCAGCCUAUCACAACUCCACCAUGCCUCCUGUGUCCUAUCCCGUCUCCGCUCCUCCUCACCAGGCUCCUCAGCAGCAGCAGCAGGCAGCGUACUAUCAGCAGCCUCUUUUGUAAAAACUCCCCCCCCCCCCUGACAGCAGACCUGAAGUGAUCACACACUCAUCAGACCUUUCAUACUUCUGUGGUGUGUUCAUUUGGCUCACUUUGCGUGAGUGUUUGUGUGUACGGAGUCGUUGCUUUGGGAACUUUCCUUAAGCCAUUUAUUUGUGCCUGAAUCGAGCACCCCGCAUGAGUGUUGAAAUAACUGAGGUGUGUGUGUGUCUGUGUGUGUGUGUAACAGGACUGUUGUUAAUCUGAGGAAAGACUCUGUCUCUUUGUGCAUGUCCUCAGCUGUAUGUGAGGCUGAGCAUCAGGAUCUGUCGCGAAUUCUCUCCUCUCCUUCUUGGCUGACAGUGAACACAGCACCGGUCUUCAAACACGUUACAGAGGAAGAGAUGAGUUUGCACCACCACCGUGACAGGACCACAUAAUGAGCAGUCAUGUUCUGACUCCAAGGAAAUUAGCAUUUUGCAAUCCACAGUUCGACACAAUGCUACUCCCACACAUCUAUUCCCUUUAGAUAAUCCAAAAAAACAUAUCCUCCUUUGAAGUGAGAGCAGAAAGUCAGGCCAUGUCCACAGUCAUGCAAAUUAACGUGGAACAAUGCCUCUAUUUUCCUCAGUUUUGGCUUUCCAUUCGAACUACCUGACGACAUCUACCAUGAGGUGAAACAGCAAAGUAUCUGCACUGCUGCAGCUCUAUCCACAGAGUCUGUUUUGCACUGAGGGAGUUUUUGCAGCCCUCAUAUUCUCAUAAUCAUAAUCAUGGCAAUAACAUGGGCGCAGAAGCAGCUCUGCAGGUUAAAUUGGCUGAAGCAUAUCUUUCCUUUGAGGUGCACAUGUGAGAAACACUGCUGAACCACGAUUGGUAUACAUAUCCUUCAAGCUAAUAUUAACUUUUCAUAAACUGCCAGAAUAAAGAAAACAAUGCAGUUUUGCCAAGAGAAGCUGGGCUGCUCUAAGUGCUUGUGAUUGGCAGCCUGCGCAGACAAGAUUCUGUUAUGUGGAUUGAACUUUAUUCAACUCCUUAAUGGCAUUUUCAGACGUAAUCCGCAUUACUGUGAGCAUGGCCUACGAGUUUGACUUUUAAUGACCAUCUUGUUUUUUUAAGUUUCUAAGUGAAUUCACAGGAUUGGUAAGAGAGCUCAUGUUUCUGCGAAGCCAGUACUUGUUGAAUCUAGGAAUAGGCGUAGGCGCUCGCUCCAGGACAGAAGCAAACACACAGACAUUCAAAAGGAAGACGCCUCAUGUUUGUUUUCUCUCUUCCUCACCAGCAUCCAUCACUUUAGCUGCUCUGUGAUCUGAAGUACAAACUAUAUUUUCAACUCUUCGACCUGUUAACAGUUUUCUUUAUGCGAACGAUUCAAGAACAUUAACUCACUGCCUUGUAAUGCAUUCUGUGGUUGCAUUUGAAAUAUUUAAGAGGACAUAAAAGUUGUGUGUAUGGGCAUAUAUUUGUUUCUUUUACGUAUGUAUGUACUACAUAUGUGUGUGUUUAUGUGUGUGUGUGUUAGAGGGCUUACAAAGAGAAGGUUCAUUGUUUAUUUUCUGCAAGGGUUAUCAGAUUUUAGAUUGAAAUGAAAACUAGUUGGUUUGAUCUGUGCGUGUUCAAUAAUCUGACAAAGUACCUUCCUGCCUCCUCUUCUCCAUUUGUGGGGAACUUCUGUUUAUCUGACCUUGUUUAGACUCAAUGCUUUAUGCAAAUGCACGAUUCUGAGAUUUCUCAUGUCUAUACUUUGUUUCAAACUUGUCAGUGCCGUUGCCUGUACUUUGAUUUAUAUAUAUAUUGAGACAUUAUACAUGUGUAAUUUACAUGUUUGGAGAUUGUGUAAUUAUUUUUCUUAUUUUGCUCCUGCUUUUACUUUGACAGACCAGGUGAAAUGUAAGUGAAACACAAAUGUCAGAAAUGGUUAGCUGCUGUCUUGAAGAAUAUUUCCUAGAGAGUGGAGUGUGUGAUCACCUUUUAAACUAAUUGUUGGCUUGUUUUCUGUUCUGGGAUGAUCAUUAAUGAGCAGCUUGAAGAAUCAAAUCCACAGUCCAGUAGCUCUGUAGUCAUAAUUUUAGCCAUAAAUGUCUAUAUUUCCUUUCACGCCUGCGGUAAAGGGCAUUGUAUAUUAGAUGUAAAAUACCUGGUUUUGUCAGUGACAUUGCACCUUAGCUUUGUAAACAUUUAUUUACCACUGGAUGCCUUGUUUCUCUGUAGAAAGCAAAGAAUGACACAGACGCGACUUCUGGCGAGUAACAACCUCUGAAUCAGCUGGUUAUGUAAAAUUCUGUAUAUUUAAAAUACUCCACGAACAGUUCCUUUAUCCGGGAUUUUAAAAGUGCUUUUGUAACAGAGCAACCUUAUGAUAUUCUUUGAAAUAAAAAAAAAUUGACCUGAUUGA